CUCACAGUAUCUCAGGGGAUUCAGUCUCAGACUCUCAGCAAUGUCGCUCGACCCAGCAACAUUCGAAACCAUAGUUCCUUCUCGCCACAUCACCUUCACACUCCCCAACCCUCUCCUCCACCUUAACCACUUCAACGCCUCUCUCCUCCGCGUAGCCGUCCUCGACUCACCCACCGCCGCCGGACCCGCCAUGAUCGCCGCCAUGUUGGUCCCUCUCUACCGCGAAUCCGACUGGACCUUCUCCACGGAGCCCGGUCACCUCCAGCUCCUCCUCAGCUUCCCACACCUCUCCCGCCUUGUCCUUAUUGGCAACUCCCCGGAUUCCCCACUGCCCACUUCCUAUAAGCCCCCAUUGCCUGCAAAUGCUGUUUCCGAGACAUCGGUGAUCGAAGAGAGCUUGAUGCCUCUGCUGAUCGCGUUGAGUCCCAAAGAGGCAUUUCAUCGAACAGGCGGUGGGCUCCCUCAAAUCCCUUUCCUCAGCUACGAAGAUGAAGUGAUCCGUAGCGUUGUAUUGGAGAUAUGUGUUGGGGAUCGUGUUGGUGAAAUGCUGGUGGAAGAUGUGGGGCUGGAAAUGACGAAUGGAGAUAGAGAGUUCCGGAGGAGGUUGAGAUUUAAGAGAAUGCCGAAUUUAAUCCAAACCCAGAUAAGAAUUCACCCUGAUUCACUGGAUUUUCAGGAGUUAGGGACGGUGGAAUUAAGACUGGAUAAUGGGAUAUUGGUUCAUCCUUAUUUGACCCCAAUGGUUGCUGGGCUAUCAGUGAUUGCUUCUUAUUUAGACAAUCAAAUACAGAGCGGGUUUAGGCCAAAAGCCUUGUGCUUGGGAGUUGGAGGAGGGGCAUUACUCAGUUUCUUGAAUGCCCAGUUGGGUUUUGAAGUUUUGGGCAUUGAGGAGGAUGAGGCUGUGCUGAGAAUUGCAAGAAAAUACUUUGGCUUGAAAGACAGUGAAUCAAUGCAUUUAUGUGUAGGAGAUGGAAUACAGAUGAUUGAAAAACUAGGCCUUGGGGUUCCAAAUGGAAUUGAUGCAAGAACUGAUGAUAUUCUUGACAAUGUAAAUGGCAAAUUUGAUGCCAUUAUGGUUGAUCUGGACUCAAGUGAUGCUCAAAUGGGAACAAGUGCCCCCCCGCCAGAGUUUGUUCAGAAAUCCAUCCUGUUCGCAGCUAAGACGCUUCUUAGUGAGCAUGGUGUUCUGAUUAUUAAUGUCAUUCCUUCAUGCAAGAGAUUCUAUGAAACACUAACAGAUGCGUUCCAAGAUGUUUUCGAGGAGUUAUACGAAAUAGAUGUUGCAGAUAAGGAGAACUUUGUUGUUAUUGCAACCGUAUCACAGAUUCAGAGAGUUUCUGGUGAUGCUGGCAACAUUUUCCUAAGCAAGUUGAAGUCUGUAAUAUCAGGAUCUUCUUACAUAGAUUCUAUCAGGGUAUUCUCAAGUGCUACUGCUGCCAUUGAUGGUGGCUGAGACACUUCUUACUGAGCAUGGUGUUCUUGUUAUACACUAACAAAUUCAUUUCAAGAUGUUUUUGGGGAGUUAUACAGAUAGGGAGAAUUUUGUUGUGAUGGCAACAGUAUCACAGAUGCAGAGAGUUUCUGGUGAUGUUGACAACAUUUCUCUAAGUUCAGAUAGAAUUUUGUUUCUCUGAGGUCCGCGAAUUGUGUUGCCCACUUGUUAGGUAGGGAGACCAGUUCUUUGUCUGACGAGAGGCAAUGCCAUGCAUUUUUGUUAUGAGCAAAUUAUUGUUUGACUAUAGUGGCUUCAUCACUGAUUCUUGAUUUCUAAUCUCGUUAUGUUCAUGACUAUCUGAAAAAAAUUUCAAAAUUUUAUGGCAAUCACAUUUACAACUAGUCUUAAGGGUUUGUGGUGUGAGAGGCAAGUGCCUAUGGUGUUAGGCAGUCGUGAUAAGGGUGUGAGGUGUGAGAGGCAGAUGCGUUGUGGUUGUGGUGUUUGGCUUGGUUUGUAGCUUUGUGGAAGCUUUGUUGGUGCGUUAGGGUGCAUUGUGGACUGACUUGGCACAACAUGGUUCAAAGGUUCAAGUGGUUCAGGACUUAUGGUUCUAGAUGUGGAGUUUUAUGGUUCAUGUGAUACAUAUGUAACAAGUUGGGCAUGAUUGAAAUCUAUGCUCCAACUUGA